ACUUUGCAAGAAUUGAACUUCAGCCUCUUGGAACAUCCCAGCCGCAUUUGGCGAUCUACUCUGAGCGCAAAGUUAAGCUGAUGAGCGGACUGCAACCAGCCGAGUCGUGGACGGCGCCGUCACUUCAACCCGUCGACUUUAUCAACAACUGUACAACUUACGGCGCAUUCGCAGCACCAUAUCUUCGUUAUGGCGCUCAAAGGGUUCCACUACCAGACGUGGAGGCCUAUCUAAUCGAUGCCCUCAGACACAAUAAUGCGUCCACGAUACUGCCGUCGAGAGCUCAACUCAUCGGAUGGUACGACAAUCUAACUGCGAACGAGCCUGAAACCUGGGCUCUUUCACAAAUGCGCGCACCGCCCAGUUUUCUCCCGAUCUGGGUGAACAGAACUGAAAUGGGGAGCUUUGAUGAGGAGUGCGCUGUUGAGCUUUGCUCCCAUCUCGAUUUUGAAAUGGACGGUGAUAUUGUUGGAAUCGGGAUCAUGGCCUCAUACUAUAGCGAGGGAAUUCUUGCCACAAUCUUCAGUUUCCUUAUCAUCUUAGGUCGCCUCGUCGAGCAUAGGUACGCCAGAAAGGUUUUCAAGGCACCCGGUCUUAUUUCUCGAUUUUACGGAGCGGCUUGUACUUGUACAAAGAGCCUCUUUGACGCUGGGGCGGUCAUUUGUCUAGCGACGCUAUCCGACACCAUCAUCGUUGGGGCUCACUCUGACGACUUUGAGGGAACGAUCGAUGCCUGGCAUCUCGGCGAUAAUCUCAUAGUCAACGAUCUGGAGGCAGCGCAGUUCUCGGCAUUCUUCAGUCUUUGUCCUGUGAUACUGAUCUAUAUCUUCCUGUCGGAGACAUGGGGAGGACGACGACUGUAUCUCGGAUGCUCGGUGUUGGUUGUGCUUUACGCCUUCUCUUUAUAUGCGACGUUCUUCACGUAUGGCCCUUGGGAUCGGCAUUAUUCGAAUCACAUGGUGGAAUUAUGGGAGACUUUCCAAAUGUUGGGUUGUCUACAAGGUACCGAAGAGACUAUCGUGCGCUCUUCGCGAGAAUCGUACGUGACCAUAACGGUUCUGUGGUCGGUACUGAAUGUGAUUCUCAUCUUCUAUUUCGUGCCUUCAUGGCUCAAAACGAUAUCGAGAAAACGAAAGACAGAACCGCCUCCUUUGCGACAAGACCGUGGCCCCGAUUAUCGAUCCAACACCUGGCCUUUGAGUCGAGCCGAUGGGAGAAUACGAGCCUUUGGGAGCAGCAGUCCCGGAGAGAGGCUAAAUAAACGUCUCGCUACUUUGAUUUCCAAAAGCACGUAUCUUGUGUUACUGGUCCUCCUCGUCUUGAUUUGGUACUUGCUCUUCCUGCUGUACCGCGUCCGAAGGAGGACAUUAGACAUCACAGGGCGUCCUAGUGAUCGGCAAAGCUGGAGCUUGGGACAAAUUGUUGCUUUAGCAACGUGGAUACCAGUAGUCGUCGAGUUUCUGUACAUGUGCAUCUUUGGCAUGAAGUCAGGUUUGGAGGGACGACUACCGGCUGGCUACGAGGCUAUUGCUGUGAACACUGGACUCGAUGACAGCGCUGAACAUGUUCCCCUCCGGACUUUUGGAACUUAGAACGGAAACCAUAGCACAUAAAUAAUUCAGAAACCCUUUGAUUCUUGAGUUCGGCCAAAGCCUUCGGCCCUGGCACCCACCGUUCAUGAAGGCAUUCAUAAAGUUCCGGAAUGCCAACUUGUCAUCCAUGGAUACAGUAAAAAGUAUGAACUUGAUAAAAUAAGCAUGUGUUGAUUCAGAUAGCAGAUAAUUAUCACUCAGCAAAUGGCGUGUUUAAGCAAUAUCCAAGAAUGGUUCAGAAGUUUUAGAUGAAAGGCCUCAAUUUUCAA